UUCGCCGAGUGUCUUCAGGCCACUCCCCAUUGCAUCCUACAACCACCUCGGCAACAGUUACGUGCACAAGCGCAGCGUCAUCAUGGUCGACGCAAACCACCUCUUCAAGCACCCCAAGCCGGGCGCGGUCUCGGGCACGAAGGCCGCAUAGCCUGGACGAAGUGCAUCUGGAGGUGAUGUUCCCAUUCUCCGAUUGUGUUAUCAGCUCAACUGACUCGGACGCAGUAGUUCGCCAUGGUACGAGCACGAGUUUCAGCUAAGACGUGAAGAUGCUAGCCUGGGAGCGGGUGUUUGCGCGGGAGGAGUAUGGCAACGACCGUCGCGGAGAAUUCGCGUGCCGUGGACAUUUCGUGCCUCCUCGACCCCGCCUACACACGCGCGUACGUCGACCACCAGGGCGAUCUUGACGACCCCAGCUAUUGCAACUUCCCCGUCUUCCCCACCCCGACGCGUCGCAUACGUACCGACAACUCACACUGCCUAGCGGAAGCGGCGCGGUUCAAUGCUGCCUUCAUAGCCAGCCAUAUGCACGUCGGACGAACUCCAUGUUCGUCGGGACGCGUACUCGCACGAGCACUGCAGAGAGAGGCGGCGGCGACCGGGUGGAUACAUCCGCUUAACAGUGAACUGGCAGUAGUGGUUCAGCUAGCCGGGAGCCAGUUCGAGCUCGCCUGUGUGCAAGCGGCUUGCGGUGCGCUCCGGCGGUCAUGGGGGCUGCCCGAGUCGCAGUCGCAGUUGAGUGGGUGUGGCCGAGAGCAACGCGCUGGGCGCUAGCGCUCGGACCACUCACCAUCUACGCGGGCUCGUCCCGCACGACACCAUCAAUGUCGAGUGCGUCGUCGGCCGCGUUGAGCGUGUCAACCG